AUGGCUUAUUCAUCUCACAAACUUCUCUUCCUUCUCUUUGCAAUCUUCUACUCACACACUUGUGCUGUCAACUCCUCCAAUGCUUCCACAACACUUCAUACCAAUCUCUCUUCCUUAAGAUCUUUCUGCAGAACCACCCCAUACCCAGAAGUUUGUUUCAAUUCUUUGAAGCUAUCCAUCUCAAUAAACAUUAGUCCAAAUAUUAUCAACUACCUCCUUCAGUCCCUCCAAGUAGCAAUAUCUGAAACCACAAAGCUAUCCAAUAUCUUCCAUAAUGUUGGACACUACAACAUCGUAGAGAAGCAGAGAGGAGCAGUUCAGGACUGCCGGGAGCUCCACCAAUCCACAUUGUCUUCUUUGAAAAGAUCACUAUCAGGGAUCCGUUCCUCCAACUCCAUGAACAUAGUUGAUGCAAGAGCCUACCUCAGUGCAGCCCUCACCAACAAGAACACAUGCCUAGAAGGCCUAGAUUCUGCUUCUGGCACCAUGAAGCCAGCUCUGGUGAAAUCUGUGAUCAACACUUACAAGCAUGUCAGUAACUCUCUUUCUAUGCUCCCUAAGCCUGAGAUGGGGACUCCCAAAGGCCAAAAGAAUAACCAGUCUUUCAUGAAUGUUCCUAAGUGGUUAUCAAGCAGGAACCAAAGCCUCUUUCAAGACUGGGAUGGGGAAGAAUAUGACCCAAAUGAAGUGCUAGUUGUGGCUGCAGAUGGAACUGGGAACUUUAGCACCAUCACUGAAGCUAUCAACUUUGCUCCAAAUAACAGCUUGGAUAGGACGUUGAUCUAUGUCAAAGAAGGGAUUUAUGAGGAAAACCUUGAAAUCCCAAGCUAUAAGACCAACAUUAUCAUGCUUGGCGAUGGAAGUGAUGUCACUGUCGUAACUGGUAACAGAAGCGUUGGUGAUGGCUGGACCACUUUCAGAUCUGCAACUCUAGCGGUUUCUGGUGAUGGUUUUCUUGCACGUGAUAUUGCAAUCGAGAACAGUGCAGGGCCAGAGAAGCACCAAGCAGUGGCCUUGAGGGUAAAUGCAGAUUUAACUGCGUUCUACAGGUGUGCAAUUUAUGGUUACCAGGACACUCUAUAUGUUCACUCCUUUAGACAAUUCUACAGGGAGUGUGACAUUUAUGGGACCAUAGAUUUCAUAUUUGGAAAUGCAGCAGUGAUUCUACAAGAUUGUAACAUUAUAUCCAGAAAACCAUUGCCAGGUCAAUUCACUGCUAUCACUGCACAAUCCAGAGAUAGCCCUGAUGAGGACACUGGCAUCUCAAUCCAAAACUGCUCAAUCAUAGCUACCCUUGAUCUGUACUCCAACUCUAGUAGCUUCAAGAGCUACCUUGGGAGGCCAUGGAGGAUCUAUUCUCGCACUGUUUACCUCGAGUCUUACAUUGAUAGCUUCAUUGAUCCAAGGGGUUGGACAAAGUGGUCUAGUGAGCAAACAUUGGACUCAUUGUAUUAUGGAGAAUAUGACAACUAUGGACCUGGUUCCACCACAGAUAAUCGUGUCCAAUGGUUUGGCUACCAUUUGAUGGAUUACAGUGAUGCCUAUAAUUUCACAGUUUCGGAGUUCAUCAAUGGAGAUGGUUGGCUUGCUACUACUUCAGUACCUUAUGAUGAUGGGAUUUGA